UCCCCACUCAUUUGACUCAUCUGGUUUUGUGAUGUUCUUAGCUUCGUGCCCUUCUUCUUCUUCUCUGCUGCAACCGAUCUCGCCUUGAAGAUUCUAAAAGAUUUAUAAUUUGGGGAGAUAGUUAGAGACCCUCAAACAAGCGUCUUUUGGGCAGCAAGUGUGGACUAGGGCUAGUGCGGCAACGACUUUCUGUUGGGGUUGAGCUGGUCUCCAGAAAAGUGAACCACAGUGUCUUCUGGUGCUUGACAAGAUCUAUGGAGGGUUAUAAAAGAUGGGUUAGAAGGAAUAGAGAACAUGUGCAUUCCCUUGAGUCUCUAGCUAAUGGAAUGACAUGGCUUCUUCCAGAUCGGUUUUCUAAUUCGGAAAUUGGACCAGAAGCAGUUACGGCAUUUCUUGGUAUGGUUACUGCCAUCAACGAACAUAUAAUCAGUACGACUCCAAGAGGCAUUAGACAUGCACAACAAUCUGGAGAACGUAAUAGUUCCUUCCCUUAUUCCUUGUGCAUAACCUUGCUCAAGGAAAUGGAAACAAUUGUAGAAGUAGUGGCAGAACAAUACUUUGGUGACGAUAAGAAGUGGAAUUUCAUCGCCAUAUCUGAAGCUACCAAGGUUUUAGUUAGGCUAAUUUUGUUCCGAGAUAGUGGAUACAAGUUACUUCUGCAUGGAGGGGAGAUAUCAAAUGAGGAGCAGGAUUCUCUGCCAAUAACUCCACUAGAUCAGACAAAAGGAUAUCCCCCGAAGAAGCCUGGGAGGCAUCAACAGGCCAACAAUCAAUGGAAUCUUGAAGGAAGGGCGAUGUCUGCUUUAAGCAGGUUUGGAGAUAAUGGCAGGUUCACUUCCGAGCCUUCAUGGUUACACAAGGUUCAACACCACCAGCAAACUAUCAUUGAACCACCUUCUCCUAAGAAACCGACCCUUUCAGAAUUCAUAUCCGAGAAAGGCUUUCACGGCACCUUAUUUAUAAUUGGAGAAGUUCUUUUUAUUACGAGACCACUUAUCUAUGUACUCUUGGUGAGGAAAUACGGACUCAAGUCUUGGUUUCCAUGGUGCAUCUCCUUAGCGGUGGAUUUAUCUGGAUUUGGUAUUCUCUCUCGUGUUUUAAUGACUCGUGAUGGAAGGAAUAGCCAACCAUUUCAUAUUUCAGACCUUGAAAACGACGAGAUGAAGAGGAGGAAAAUGUUGUGGGCGCUUUACUUGAUGAGAGACCCGUUCUUUAGCAAGUAUACCCGGCAAAGAGUUGAGAGCACAGGAAAGCUGAUGGAAAAUGUUCCUAUUCUUGGUUUCCUUGCAGAGAAAGUUACCGAACUCAUUGUCGGAGCUCAGACGCGUUACACUUACAUGUCUGGUUCUUAAGAAGGCUGGACCAGCAAGGUAUGUGGUAGUAAAUCAUUUUCAAGAUAUAACUUUUUCUCCCCAUGCUUGAUUAAUAUAAUUACACUUGGCUUUGCUUGAUCUUAGUUAUUUGAAUAAUUAACUGCGUAGUUUUCAAA